UUUCUCGAACACCAGUGUUUUAAGACACCAGAAAGACCACAAUUUCCAUUGACCUGAGUGAACGAUUGCUGCUUCUACGUUUUUCAAUAAAUAUCAAGCGAGUUCAGAUCCUCCCGUCUGGAGUCUCCAAACCCGCGCAAACGGUAAUAUCAUGUUGCGUUUUCUCCCCUCCCCCUUUCCAGUUUUCCUCCUAUCCCUUGUCUUCCUCCUCCUCCAUUGUGCUCCCACUGCUGCGGACCCUCUCUACGAAAUCUGUGGUGGCACCGGCAACUACACUGCCAACAGCCCUUACGCAUCCAACCUCAACCUCCUCUUCCCCAACCUCACCUCCAACGCCUCCUCUUCCAAUGGCUUCGCCACUGCCAGCACCGGCCUUGCGCCCAACCAAAUCUAUGGCCUCGCCCUCUGCCGUGGCGAUGUCAACAUCUCCGAGUGCCAGUCCUGUCUCAACACUGCCUCCAAAGACGUCCUCCAGCUCUGCCCUUACAACAAAGGCGCCAUCAUCUGGUACGACCCCUGCAUGCUCCGCUACUCCAACCAGUCUUUCCUCUCGUCCUACAACAACUCCGGUCAGGUCUUCAUGUGGAACACCCAGAACGUGACGGACCGCGACAAGUUCGACAAGCUGCUGACCGAGCUGAUCGAUGCCAUAGCCGAUUAUGCUGCGUACAACUCGACAAGACGGUUCGCCACCGGCGAGGUGAACUUCACGAAGGCUUUUCCGACGAUAUACGGGCUAGCGCAGUGCACGCCGGACAUGCCGGGCAGCCAGUGCCGGCGAUGCCUGCAGGGCCUCAUCAACUACAUACCCAAGUGGUUCGCUGGGAGGCAAGGGGGUCGGGUGCUUGGACCCAGAUGCACUUUUAGAUAUGAGCUCUACACCUUCUAUAACGGAGCCUCAACGCUAAGGCUUGCUUCGCCGCAGGAGAACGCGCCACCGCCGGCUCCUUUCGUGUCUCCACUUGUUCCCCCAGCUGGAGAAGCUAGUGGAGGAGGAAACAAGAAGAACGUAACAGGUAUGGUUCUUGCAAUUGCCAUACCUCUAGUAUGUGCUCUGGUUCUGAUCUCUGUUAUAUGCAUUUGCUUCUGGAGGAGGAGGUCAAAAAUAAAAUUACCCUUAGACGGGACUAACCCAGAAGAGAUCAGAAGUGUUGAGUCACUAUUGCUUGAUAUAUCUAUGCUAAGAGUUGCAACAGCAAACUUUUCUGAAGAGAAUAAACUUGGAGAAGGUGGCUUCGGUGCAGUCUACAAGGGAGUAUUACCUGAUGGACGAGAAAUAGCGGUCAAGAGGUUAUCGACAAGUUCAUCACAAGGAUUAGGAGAGCUGAAAAAUGAGUUACUUUUAGUUGCUAAGCUCCAGCACAGGAAUCUUGUAAGGCUUCUGGGCGUUUGCUUGGAGGAACAAGAGAAGUUGCUUGUCUAUGAAUACGUGCCUAACAGAAGCCUGGACACCAUUCUUUUUGAUCCUGUACAAAGAGAACAGCUGAACUGGGCGAACAGGUACAAGAUCAUUGGUGGAGUUGCUCGAGGCUUGCUGUACCUACAUGAAGAGUCUCAGCUAAAAAUUAUACAUCGGGAUCUAAAGGCCAGCAACAUUUUAUUAGACAGAGACAUGAACCCAAAGAUUUCAGACUUUGGUAUGGCUAGACUUUUCGGUGGAGACCAAAGUCGAGGCACCACAAGCCGAAUUGUUGGAACAUUUGGAUAUAUGGCACCAGAGUACGCCAUGCGUGGACAGAUGUCAAUCAAGUCAGAUGUGUACAGCUUUGGAGUUCUAGUUUUAGAGAUCGUGACGGGCAGGAGAAACAUUGGUUUCUCUGAUUCUGAAUCUGGCAAAGACCUUCUGAACCAUACAUGGGAGAAGUGGACAAAAGGAACAAUUUUGGAGAUCCUGGACCCAUCUCUGGGUAACCAUUGCCCAAGAAACGAGGUGUUGAGAUGCAUUCAGAUUGGACUAUUGUGUGUUCAGGAAGAUCCAUCUGACAGGCCUACCAUGUCUACAAUCGUUGUGAUGCUCAGCAGCGACUCUGUUUCUCUUCAAGAUCCCUCCCGACCUGCAUUUUACAUUGGACAAACUGGCACCAUCUCAGAUGUUUAUUCAAAUGAUUCUCACGGAGGUACAGAUGACCACUCUGCGAACAGGUCGAUACCAAUGUCACUAAAUGAUGCGUCAAUAACAGAGCUCGAGCCAAGAUAGAUAUAGGUAAGAUGGUCGUAGAUAUGUAUUUUGAACAACUUGAAGUCAACUCCCUAAAGACUGACUGCAUAUUGUGGAUGUAAUGCAUGGAGUACCCUCGUGUCCUUUGAAACAUUAGUGCGGCAGAAUAUGUAUUAUGUCUUUCCGUUUUAUAAUAAGAUGACCUAAUA